UGUCACUGCAAAUUUGAAUUUGAUGAGCAAACAUAUCUGCGAAUAUCGGACAAUAUUCACCUCAAGAGUCAACACGCUUGUGGCUUGGUACUCAUGCAUACGACCAGCAGACAGCAAGUGCUGCAGCUUCAAGCUUGGCUCAGCAAUCUGUAUGGUCUGUGCUAUCGGAGAGCUGACAUGGACACCCGUACCUUGCAGCUCAGACUCGGAAGUAACAUGUAACAGGCUAUGGGUACAAGUUCCUCGGCCGAUCUAUCUUCAGCUCUUUCUUGCGAACCAUCAUGUCCCAACAACAGAUGGACGAGGAGACGCCAUUAUUACAGCCCGUGAAGCAGAAGAAGGCUAGAACACCAUUACCUUGGCGUCAAUUCUCUAUCAUACUGUUUCUUCAGCUCGCAGAACCGCUCACUUCACAAGUCAUCGCUCCCUUUGCACCUCAGCUGAUAAGAGACAUUGGCAUCACGGAUGGCGAUGAAACUCGUGUAGGGUACUAUGUCGGAUUGAUGCUCUCUCUAUUUUUUGCCACACAAGCCUUGACCGUUCUCCAUUGGAGUCGUAUAUCGGACCACAUCGGACGGAAACCCGUCAUUUUGACAGGCCUGUUCGGAUUGUCCAUCUCAAUGUACUGUUUCGGCCUAUCUAGAACCUUUUAUGGGCUCGUACUAAGCCGUGCUCUAAAUGGUGCUUUGAACGGCAAUAUCGGCGUGAUUAAAAGUAUGAUGGUGGAGCUCACCGACUCCACUAAUUUGGCCCAAGCAUAUGCGUAUAUGCCGAUAGCUUGGUCAAGCGGUGGGGCCAUUGGACCUUUAAUAGGUGGUUCAUUAUCAAGACCGGCGGAUCGAUUUCCGAACAUCUUCGGACAUUCACAAUUCAUGAAGACCUAUCCCUAUUUCCUCGCAUGCGCUGUACCUGCUACCUUUUCUGUACUGGCUUGGAUUGUUACUUUUCUUUUCUUGCAGGAGACUGUACCUACUAGGGUGACCCUCUGGCAGUUACUAAAGGGGAAAAAUCGCGAACAUUCCGCUUCUCUCAAGGGCCCCGUAACUUCCACAGGGUCAACUGAUUCCCUCAGCACAGAAGAUACUUCUCAGCGUGCGAAAGCUGGUGGCUCCAAGCCGCUACCCCUUCGUUCGCUCUUGAUACCCAGAGUGAUCAUAGCUGCUGGAAAUUAUGCCGCUUUGUCAUUCUUUGACAUCGCAUUUCGUGCCGUGCAGCCUGUGUUUUUCGCCACACCGGUAGAGCUUGGUGGGCUGGGUUUAGAUCCCCCGCGCAUCGGCAACAUUCUAGCUAUCUAUGGUGUGAUCAACGGCUUAUUCCAAAUAUUUUUCUUCGCCGACCUCCAUGAUCGUUUCGGUUCGAAGACAAUCUAUUCUGUCUCAAUGGCUGUUGCAAUUCCGAUGGUCAUCACUCUUCCCAUCCUCAAUGCUGUAGCCAGAGUGCAGGGUUUAAGCCUCGCAGUGUGGGCGAUUGUUGGCCUGCAACUUGUCCUGUCGAUGAUAUUAAAUUUGGCGUAUUCUUGCGUAUUUAUUUAUAUUGCCGCGGCCUCUCCAAACCAGGCAUCGCUUGGUGCAACAAAUGGGAUUGCUCAGUUGGGUGUUUCGAUCGUGAGAACGAUCGGCCCCGCAUCGGCCACGUCCACGUUCUCGCUCUCUAUUCGAAACCCCCACCACGCCUGGAUAGUCUACUAUUAUCUGAUUGCCCUUGUUUGUAUGGGCAUCUGCACGUCCCUCUUACUUCCUCGACAGUUGUGGAAGAAUACCCAUUAACCAAUCUCACGCCCCGCCUAUGGUUUCUCCGGGGUCGCUGCUAGAGGUUAGGGGGAAAUUAUAUCUGCAUGAAUCAGACGUCUCCAUAGACAUUGUCAUCAAGUUUCAUGUUUCAAUAGUCUUGAUCUAUCACAUAUUUGAAACAAAGUUGU